AUGCUCUUCGAAAAUCAAUCCUCCUCCUGCGCCACCGCGACCGCGAUGGACGACCUCGACCAGCUACUCGAGACGCUGGAGGCUCCGAGGGAGUACUACGACCUCUCUGCCGACGCGGCCGGCUCCGGAUCGCUCGCCGGGCUGGACGACUCGUUUUUUGACGCCGAGCACCCGCUGCAUGAGGCUGGGCCGCCGGCGCCGCUGCGGCCGCUGCUCGUGGGGUCGCCAGCUCCCUCGAUGUCACUCUCCGAGAGGGUGGAGGCGGCCAGCGCCCCCCACGUGUCGCCGGUGCGCGGGGCGGCUCCGCCGCCGCCGCCGCGGCAUGCGCGCCGCUCGAUGGAGUGCGGCAAGGGUGGCAGCAGCCUCGCCGGGCGAAGCAUGGCGAAGCGGUCGACAGGCGCGGCGGGGCUUCAGACGCCGGAGGAGCGCCAGGCCGAGCGGGCGAUGCGAGGGCGGCGCAUCGAGAGCCCGGCGGCGGCAGGCUCUCGGCUGCGCCCAUGCGGCGGCAGGUCCUCCGGCCGCGAGAGGGGAGGAGGAGGCGCGGCGGCGGCGGCACCGGCGGCGGCUGGGCAGCACGGCCUCGGCGGCGAGAGGGGGGACCUGGAGACGCGGAACCUGCUCGCGGAGCUCGAGCAGCACAACAAGAGGGUGGUGGAGGCGGCGCAGCUCGCCGCCAAAGAGCGCGUCCGCGGCAGUCGACCCGCCGGGGCGUGUGCACUCAAGUCGGCCGUCGCCAAGCCGGCGCACCGUGCGGGACCCGCCUCUGCCUCUGCCGCAUCUAAGGGGCGAGGCCGCUAUGCCACGACGCCCCCGGCCCAACCGCCCCCGACCCAGCCGCAGCCGACCCAGCCGCAGCCGACCCAGCCGCAGCCACCGCCGUCGCCGCCUUCUUCCGAGUGCGCCACGGGCUGUGGUAGCGGCGCCGCGCCGCCUCAGAGCGGCGGCCCUUUGUCUCCGCGCGGCGAGGCGGGGCCGGAGCCGGUCGGAGGCUGCGCGGGCGGGGAGGGGGCGGUCGAGGAGGUCAUGGAGGUGGACGAGGGGGAGGGGGAGGUCGAAGGGGAGGGUGGGACGAAGGCGUCGCGCGCAAGCCGCUCCCAGCUCGAGGCGGAGCUGGACGCCGUCUCCGCCUCGCUACGGCGCGUCUCCACCGCCGACUGCGCCGCCGCGCCGGGCGUGCCGCCGCCCGCCGAGUUUGUGUGCCCCAUCACCCGCUCGCUGAUGCGCGAGCCGGUGUUCGAGCGUGCCGCCAUCGAGCGCUGGUUUCGCCGGCACAACACAAACCCGCUGACGGGCGAGGCGCUGCAGUCGACCGUGCUGGUGCCAAACCUGCCGCUCGCCUCGCUCAUCGCCGCCCACGCGGCAUCGCUUCCCGCCAAGACGGUGCAGUUUAGUGGAGACGCUGCCGCGGCGCUGGGAGGAGGCGCCGCAAGGUCGGGCGACGUGCUGCAGGUGCUGCAGCAGCACAACGCGCGCGUCAACAAGCAGGGGAUUGCAGCCGCGCAGCAGCGUUUGCGCGAGCACAAGGCGCCUCAGGCCGCCGCGGCCCAGUUUUGCGCCGCGGGGGAGGCGACGCGGGCGGCGGCGCCCGCAUCGACGCAAGGAGGCGGCGACGAGAGCGACGAGCAGUUGCUCGCGCUCCUCAAGCAGCACAACGCGAAGGCAGCUUGCUCUGUGGGAGGAGAGCCACGCAAACGCGUCGAGAGCACAAAGGCGUCCGUGACGGCGAUGCGGGCGUGGGAGUCGCGGUCGGGCCGCACUUUCGCCUCGCUCUCGUACGAGGAGCGCGUGGCCGCCAACGACGAGAUUCGUCGACAUCAGCAGCUUAAGGAGCAGCCGCCCGCCAGGCAAGCUCCGCCGACCAAUUUGCUUGACUGA